CAUCCUGUUUCACCCCAAACAUCGCCGACUCAAGCCUCAUUCUCCACGGCAAUCGACUCCGCUUGGUCGAAAUACAUACAGAGGACACCACUCUCGAGGUCAUCAGACCUAAUUUCGUUCUAGGACGGUCGUCCCGACUUGGGACUGGCCGUGGCUCGUGGCAGCCUCAUGCAGGUAGACCGCACAAUCGAAAUCCGAGGGGAAGAGAGGGAAGUGAGACUGCAGCAGCGGAAGAAGCACAGCCGCGGGACACUGCUAAUCAGCCAGCUGUUGAGAAAGGGUACCACCGAGGCAGCUGGAAAACCCGUGCAAUGUGUGGUUGCUGAUGAAGUUGAGCUCCUCGAAAAGGGUAGAGAGUAUGUUGAAGGCAUCCGAGAGAGAGCAUCGAAACGCGGGAAACGACAGCCUGCUGCUGCUGCUGCUGCUUCAUCUGCUGCGGCGAAGAAGGCGAAGCUCAAGGAGGCGGACGCAGCUCUCUCCGACCCUCUAGCAUUGGCUCAUGAUGGCGGGACCAGAAGCGGUGCUACCCCAGAGACUUCGAGGGAGGAAGCGGAUGCGGAGGAGCGUCGCUCUAGCGCGAUGGAUUUGAUGCAGAACGACCCCGUGUUGAUGGAGCGAGUACGGGCCAUGCUGGAUGCUGGCGCGGCAGAGCAGGCAGCAGCUAAGGUGGCGGCGAUCGACGCGGCCAACACUCGUGCACUCCGCGCGUCGUUGCAAGCGCUGAAGCAGCACUGCAACAGCUCGACAGGGUGGACCACUUACCAGACAGCGCUCGCUGUAGCAGCCGGAGCGGGAGAGCACACGUGUACUGACACGGACGUGUGCCACCCCGGCCAGCGGUGCAAGCCCGUUGAGUCUGGCGGAGUGAGCCUUGCCGAGCGAGCCAACAGUCUCGGCAUUCGGCACGAGACUUUCAGCGACGCACGGUGGCGGAUGCACAACACGAACCACGACAUCGCCCCCAAGAUCGCUGUGAGUGAGGGAUGCUACGUCGACGCACGGCGGCGGAUGCACAAGACGAACCACGACAUUGCCCCCAAGAUCGCUGCGAGUGAGGGAUGCUACGUGUACAACGAGCGCAAGACACGGAGUGACGUGACGAAUCCCGGGAACAGAAAAGGAGCAGGGGGAGGUGCAGGAUACCUAUAGUUAUGUGUGGGCUACUAGUGUGGGGGUACAGACAGACGAUUUUGUGGUGGGAGCGGCCGGAGACAAGUUGUUGACGGCUAGGAAGUGGGCGGUAGACGAGUUCAGGGCGAGGAAAUGGGGUGCCCCCAACAAGUUCACCAGAUCUUGCAAGUUGCGGGUUCGGGGCGCAUCGUGCUACUGCUCGACUUGCCGAAUAGGCUGCUACGAUGACUGCAUGGUAGCGAAGGUUUACCCCGACUUGGUUGGCGAGGUGAUGGAGAAGUCGGGAAAAGAGAUGGUUGGGAGACGCACGCUUGGGACUCAAUUGACCGGCGUUACUCUUCCGGUCAUAUCUUCGGACGAGUCCCCAGUGGCGCCUACGCUUGACCAGAGCAUGGGGGAGGUGGAGUGGGGAGGGGAGAAGGAAGAUGAGGGAGAGGAGGAGGACGAGGAGGAGGU